AUAUUAUAGUAGAAGAAGAGUGGAAACACUUCGGCUGUGGGGCUAAGACACUCUGGGAUCACGCCGCAGAACAUUCCAUCAGUCGCAUCCCUCUCUCACCACGACGCCCAAGUCACAAGGGCUGACAGGUCACCCCACCAUCAAAAGGUCAAGGCAGUGUCUUCUACCUGGGGCGCUGAAUGUUACAAAAACGCAACGCACCCGCCUUCUUGUGAUGAUACAUUAAUUACUUAAAAGACUCAUUUUAAAUCAUCAUUCACAUUAGAACAUGUCACGAUACGAAAACGGACAUCCUUCCCGCGGCCUGGCCGCAGACUAUUACACACACUCAGCGGGUGGGGCUUCAGCUCCUCCCCCUGAUGGCCGCGCCCCCAGUCCGGGCUACACAACCUACGAUGGAAAGCCUCAGCCCCGGCUAACGUACGAGCCGCAAGAAAGUUCCUAUGCGCCGCGAUCACGUUCAAGGCCGAGAUCACUAGCACCGCCUACCGAUUCACCACGAGACCGGACGAGAGAGAGGAAGUACGACUCAGACUCGGACGAUGGCAAGGUGCGAUCGCCCUUGGAGGCAGCGAAGCGAUUUGUCGACAACACGUUCACGGACUCGACGACGGGUCUGGGCGUCGGCGUAUUGGGCGCGCUGGUCGGCGGGCUCGCGGCCCGAGAAGCCGUCGACCUCACGAGCAACCGGGACAAGCAGCACAAGGGUCACAGCGACGAUGCCGAGCACAAGCGCAACCAGCUGAUCGGGACGGUCGUGGGCGCGGCUGUGGGGGCGCUAGGUGCUAAUGCCGUGGAGAAGCGUAUCGAGAUCCGCCGUGCGCGCGGCGAGAGAGAGCAGGAGAAGUGGGAGCGCAAGUGGCGGCGGCCCGAGGGCGAGCCCGAGAUCCUCGAGAAGAUCGAUGUCGUUGCGCGGCCUAGGAGUAGGGCGCGUAGUCCCGAACGGGACGGCUGGGACGCGUGGGAUGAUCGGGACCGCAGUCGGGAUGGACGGAGUACUAGUCGACGCGGUGUCUCGCGCGAGGUCGAUCCUGGUGCGCGCAGUUGGAGGAGUGUUGAGGAUUGGCUGUAUUUGGAGGAUGGCGAUGAUGGAAGGCGGCAUCGAAGUCGCGAUUCGUAUCGGCAUUAGUCCGGGUUUCAGAUUGGCCUCUGCUUUCGGAGAGGUACCUUGAACAUGUACCUUCCCAUACCUACGUUUCCCAUCCUUUUUAUCGCGGAACGGUUUCAGUACCAAGUUGAAGAGAAAAUGAAAUGUCUCAGUUGUUACUAGCUAUCCGAGAUGUCCGAUAGUGUGCCUAGACGCGUAUCUUAGAAUUUACGGGGAGACGGCAGUGUUUCCGAAUCCAGCAAACGAGGUUGUCACAGGGUACG